UGCGCAUUGAAUGUGUACAAAUUAUAAUGAAACCACUGACGUUGAUUCACCGGUACAUACAGCAGAAAAUACGGACACUACCUCGAUAUACAGGGGAUUUUCACCUAUUAUAAAGUUGAUUUCGCUUGUCAGGAUCGCCUUAAGAUUUGCUGUAGAUGGUUUACUCUGCGUACUGUUGGAUGAUUUUGGGAAUCAGCUUCGAAAUAUCGCAGAAGAUCUUCAUCUUUUCGAGUCCACCAAAGCGCGAUCUGUGCAAAGAAGGGGUUGGGCAGCAAGCUUGAGCAGAUGAACCCAGGUACUGUACUUAAAUUACGUGGAUACAUAAUCUGACUAUUCUGAGACUGUCCAGAUACAUACAGGGGAUAUCGGGACUGUAGCUGUGUGACUUGACUGAGUGCUGUGCGACAUCAUUUCCUUGGUUCAAGAUUGGCUUAUGCCUCAUUAAAACGAAGUGGAUGAAUACAGUUUACCAGAUUGAAUUUAUAACGUAUGAUGCUGUUAACAUCGUACCAGUAAUCACCUGUUUUUAGAUCAGUGGAAAGCACAAACGCAGGUCUUUGAACAUUUUGUCUUAUUGGAUUAAUACCCAGGUUUCCGUUCUUCAUUAGUUGUUUUCUCUUCAUAACGGUGGCUAUGCGGUGAACCGUCAAAAUGGUGGAUCCAUCGGCUGAUAGCAAUCAAGUUAUCAGUGAGAUCACUGAUAACUUGAUCUCAUUGAGAGUGCAAGGAAAUCGUAAUAGGACUACAAGAGGAGGCUCAUCUUCGCACACGAAUGAGAUCCGCGUCAAAUUCGAAUUCAAUGGCGAAAAAAGAAUAUUACAAAUUCCAAGACCACUCAAAUUCGAUGACAUCCUUCGCAAAGCGAGGACCACUUUUGGGCAACCAGUGGAUAUGUUCUUUACCAAUCAUAAUAAUACAUUCUCGUUACUAAUCCCGAUUCGGGAUCAGACGGAUUUAAAUCAAGCGGUAGAGGUUACCGACAAUAACCCUAACGCCAAAAGUCUCAGGCUUCAUCUAGAACUUACCACUCCGGGUUCGUCUUCAAAUAACAAUGGCAGCUCCAAAAGAGACCUUUACGACACUGCAAUCCGAACCUGCGGUAGCACCCCACAGGCCAAGCACACGUCCCCGGCUCGAUCGCAGUCGGUGCCCCAGGAACACCAUCACAUCCAUACCAGUCACGACAGCCACAAACGCUACUCCACCCAGGAGAUGCCCACCCGAGACAACGCUAACCCGUCCCCGCCCCCCGGCUACGUGCCGGCGGACGAGUCCAUGGCUAGUAUGAGCAUGAGGCAUCAAUCGUACGGAGAGGGCGCCUUUAUUCCAGAACCGCCAGAAGAGCAGAGAAUAAUUGGUAGCCCAGAUGGAAGCCAACAGUCACUAGAUAAACUCAGGAUGGGUAGUCAUUCAUUAGGAAGUGCCACAGGUAAAAUGUUCAAGUCGCAGAGUUGUGCGAACCAUGAAGACUUUGAAAAUUCGCAAAUAGGUCGUGGGAUGAUCAAAGGAGGAACCUUUCCUUCGAGGCAAAGUGUCAAGACUUCCAGAAUAGAUACAGAAGACGGUCGCAAAACAUUUCCAAGCCGGGGCAAGAGGGCGCCGCUGACGGCGAUGCACGAUGACCAGCACUCGAUAUCCGAUUCGAUGUCGUCGCUGGGGAGGAGUAGUAGCAGCGGUAUCAGCCCCGAUUACGAUACAGAUAGUAGCAUUCCAAGGCGGUGGACUGAAGGUGAUCUUGAGGGUCUAGCCGGUGGACAUCCCAAGUCCUUCAAUCUAGUUGAUAACACAAGAUCACCCAGAGCACCAACUAAUUGGCAGAGAGGGAGGAUGUUAGGACAAGGAGCGUUCGGGGUUGUCUAUGUCUGCUACGAUGCGGAUACUGGUAGAGAGCUAGCGGUCAAACAGGUUCCUACGGAAAAUAGCAAUACUGAUGCUAGAAAAGAGGUGCAAUCGCUGAAGCAAGAGAUCGAGUUAUUGCGUAACCUGCAGCACCCUAGGAUAGUGCAAUACUUUGGAUGUCUCGAGGAGAACGGAACGCUGUCCAUCUUUAUGGAGUUCAUGUCGGGGGGAUCUGUCAAAGAUGAACUUAGGAACUAUGGUCCCUUGACUGAGAUGGUUACAAGGAAAUAUACAAGGCAAAUCUUAGAAGGGACGGCUUAUCUUCAUGAUCACCACAUAGUACACAGAGAUAUCAAAGGUGCCAAUGUAUUACGAGCGAGUGGUAACGUGAAGCUCGCCGACUUUGGAGCGUCUACGAGGUUACAAACGAUACACAGUCAUAUAACCGGCAUGAAGACGGUCACCGGUACGCCGUAUUGGAUGAGUCCAGAGAUCAUCAACGGAGAGGGGUAUGGCAGGAGAGCAGACGUGUGGAGUAUCGGUUGUACUGUAGUUGAAAUGUUGACGACCAAACCGCCGUGGGCGGACUACGAAGCCAUGGCGGCCAUCUUCAAAAUCGCAACACAGCCCACUGAUCCCGUACUUCCACAGAGCGUGUCGAACGACGCACGGAACUUUCUCAACCUCUGUUUUAAGAAAACCCUGUCAGAACGGCCCGCGGCCGCUGAACUCUUAGGACAUAAUUUUGUAAGGACUGCCCCCAUGGAUUGAUAUAGGUGGGACUGCAGAGAAACCAAACUGAAAAUAAGACACACAGCUUUUGACUGUAAAAGUGUGUAAACUCUGUGUUCGGCGGGUGGAAAAUCAAAGACGAUGUGAACAAGAAUGGAUUCUUUGAUAGGCUCAUGAUAGCGUACGUCAAGCAUGAAUAGCCUGUCAGAUGUCGGAGCAGUUCUAUGGUACUAAUCAAUUGCAAACAAGAAAGGGAGAAAAAAAUAGCUGCAACAUACAGGACAAGGUGUCAGCAUGCCGUAAAGCCUCAACCUUCAUUUUUUUUAUAAACAGUGUUUAGCAACUCAUCAAAGACGAUCCUAGCUUUUCUCAUCAUUUUCACUAUUCUCAGCUCAAUAUUUGAUGAUUGUCGUAAUGCCAUGUUCAUUUUCAGCCUCACAAACACUAGGAAUGGAAUCAAUAUUGUCAUUUUGGCUCUUCUUUCAUUUGUAUACAAAUUACUAUCCUUUUUUAUCUUCUGGGUAGACUUUUGUUACUAACAAUGCUUCUUUUUGAGAAAUCUGAAUCUAAUACUCGUGUUUUUAUCAGUGAUCACCUGCUGGAAAUACUCUAAGAUUUUUUUUUUACUUUUCCAGUGCUAGAAUGCUAUUGCUUUAUGCAUGGAGUUGAAAUAAGUUAAGAAACUUUAGAUAUUAAUUCCUUCUCUACUAUAUGUGCUGUCCAAUAUUUCUGAAAAAUAACAUUGUUUCGUAAAAAAAAAAUCAAGUUAGAGAAUGGUCUCUAGAUGACUGUUAUCAUGGUAUUUUCUGAUUUCCAAAUUCUAAAUAUAUUUCCACAUUUCCUUAAAAAACAAAAACAAUUUCCAUCAUAAGCACAUCAUUUGAAUUAGGUGAAAGUAAAUUGAUCACACUGGAAAUUUAUAAAUUGUCAUCAAUAACGAGUCUUGUGAAACAGGGCCUCCUCCUCUUGGGACAAGUCUGCCCCUAAGGUUACUUGAUUUAUUUCAUAUUUUACUCUGUUAACCCAUAGAGGCUGUUUUCACUUCACCCUGAAUUCUAGAAAUCACAUGUGGAAUGUGAUAAAAAGAGAAAGAUGUACUGAUAAACAAAUAAUGCCAUUGCCAGUGCAUUAUGUAGUGUUGUUCCUAAAUAAAAGCUAUUAAUCAGUACACUUUAUGAAAUAGACAACAUC